AUGUUGUUUAAGAUGCAUAGAGCCUACCAGUCAAUUUUACCAUGUGGCAACAAAUAUCUUCAGCAAAAAUGGGACAAAGCAAACUAUGAAGAGCACAAGAAAAGGAUCCAGACUGCCAAACCUGUAGUGGACACCACUACUCCUCUAACAUAUGGCCAUCUUCACUUGAAGUUAAAGAAGUUAAAGCUUGAGAAGGAACGGCUUUCAGUCAUCGAAAGAGACAAUCAUUUGCUACUGGAGAAGAUGUCCUCCAUCAUGAGGACGAAAGGGCGAAUUGAUAACAAAAAUUACUAUCAGGCCAAAAGUUUAAACAGGGAAAAGCGAGAGAAGGAACUACUGAGAGUGAGCCAAGAGAACCAGGCCAUUCUGGAUAGGAUUACAAAGUGUGAGCCUCAGUAUCAAGUUCAGAGGUGGCAUGAAGACUGGCAAAGGGCGGAAAAAUACAUGGACAGCAUUGCAAGAUAUCCUCGUGGGUGGUAUAAAUUGCAGAAUCGAAAGGAACAAAAACAAAACAAGAACCCAUCAAAACAAGAGAGAGAAAAAAGAGAUAAGCAACAGAAUGAUGAAGAUGUGAAAAGCAAGACAGAGGAGGGAGAAAAAGGGGACGUCCAAAGUAGAGAGGAAAAAGAUCACCAAGAGAGAGAAACUGUUUUAGAAAUGGUGUAA